AUGAAGGCCAUUCUCAACGUGCAACAAGCACACGAGAAACUGGGAGAUGUUGAAGAGGAUGACAGACCACAAUUCACGAUUCCUUACGAGUACAAGGGCAUACAGUACCCGGGAGUCGUGCUACGAUCAAGCAUCGAUGCAAUGGAAAGUUUCGAAGUCCGCCCCGAUGACGUCUUCGUCCUAACAUUUCCGAAGUCAGGUUCUCACUGGUUGAUGGAGAUAUCCGGACUCGUUCUAACCGGCGGAUAUCCGGAGAAAAUAAACCGGAGUACUUGGGGAUGCAUGGAAAUGAUCAACAUCCAUGCCGUCAAGUUGCCCCAGACAAGGGCCGAAGAAUUGACCAAUCCUGUUACGCCGAGUCCACUCUUAGAUGAGAUAAAGAGAGCGCCUUCUCCGAGAAUUAUGAACAGUCAUUUGCAGUUCAAGUAUUUGCCUCCAAACUUGCACAAACGAGCUAAGAUUAUAUACGUGGCUCGCAACCCCAAAGAUGUAGUCAACUCCUAUUACAAUUUCCUAGGGGACACUCGGGCUUUCCAGAACAAGUCAUUUGACCAAGUUGUCGAGGAUUUCAUGGAAGGAGAUAACUUCAGGUAUGGUUCUUGGUUUGAUCACGUGAUGGAUGCAUGGAAGAUUCGAGACGAAGAGAAUGUACUCUUUCUUUUCUAUGAAGAAGUGAAAAAGAAUCCGAUGAAGUAUAUAAAACAAGUCGCUGAUUUUCUGGGACGCCCUCUCUCCGAAGAAGUACAACAGCGAAUAUUGGAACAGAGUUCUUUUGAAGGAAUGGCGCAAACUUACAAGAAGCUGGCAGACGAUGCUAUAAAAAGCGGAAAGUCGGACCCAACACGGAUCGACGGAAAACGGGGGUUCAUGAAAAAAGGUACGAGUGGACAAUGGAAGACUCGUUUUACGGUCGCUCGAAACGAGGCAUUUGACAGAUGGUAUCGAGAAAAAUUUAUAGGAACAGCUCUUAGAUUCAAGUUCGAGUAAUGGACAAUAUAAAGGAGGUGGAAUGGGCUCCAAGAGUGUGCAAUAAUACAGUGGGGACAUACAUGAUAAUAGAUUCAUGUUAUGUAGCAGGGGGCGCGGAAGGGGGGGGGGGCUUCAGCCC